CCACUCUCACUCUUAAUAUGUGACUGUGAGGAAACAAAGAAUUAAGAAUGGAAGAAAGCAAAGGAAGAGUGUGUGUUACAGGGGGAACAGGUUUCAUUGGUUCAUGGAUAAUCAAGAAGCUUCUUGAAGAUGGUUACUCUGUUAAUACAACUGUCAGAUCAACCCCAGAACACAAGAAAGAUGUUAGUUUCCUCACCAACUUACCCGGAUCAUCCCAGAGGCUUCGAAUUCUCAGUGCCAAUCUCAGCGAACCAUCGAGUUUCAACGCAGCCAUUGAAGGUUGCAUUGGAGUUUUCCAUGUUGCCACCCCAUAUGACUUUGAAGACAAAGAAUCAGAACAAGUAUUAACACAAAGAUCCAUUGAUGGUGCACUAGGAAUUUUGAAAGCAUGCCUAAAUUCCAAGACUGUGAAGCGAGUUGUUUAUACUUCAAGUGCCUCUGCUGUUGUUAGUUCCAAUAACCAAGAACAUAACGAGGCGUUGGACGAAAGUGUCUGGAGUGAUGUCGAUUUCAUCAGAGCUUCGAAGGCUCCGGCUUCAUCGUACGCAGUCUCGAAGACACUAACGGAGAAGGCAGUGCUGAAAUUCGGAGAAGAGAACGGAUUGGAGGUUGUGACAAUUGUCCCAACUUUUGUUUUUGGACCCUUCAUUUGUCCUAAGCUUCCCGGCUCUGUUAGUGCUUCAUUGUCUAUGGUAUUUGGUGAAAAAACACUAUUUGGUUUGAUGCUUGAGAUACCUAUGGUGCAUGUGGAUGAUUUGGCAAGAGCACAUAUAUUUUUGCUUGAACAUCCAAAUCCUAUAGGGAGGUACAAUUGUUCAUGUUGUUUGGUCACUGCUGAAAGGAUGUCUCAGAUUGUUGCUACCAAAUACCCCGAGUUUCGUGGGCGGAUACCAUCUCUAAACUGGUUCAAACAAAUCGAAGGUACCAGGAUGCCGAAUUUAUCAUCAAAGAAGCUCAUCGAUGCUGGAUUCGUGUACAAAUAUGGACUUGAAGAAAUGGUUGAUGAUGCAAUUCAAUGCUGCAAGAACAAGGGUUACUUGUGACUUUUGUGGGAUACAAUGCUGUAGACAUUGUAUCAGUUCAAACCAUUUAUUAUAUGUACAAACAAUAUAACUUGUUAUUAAUUAAAUAAUUUCAAGAUAGCUAUCAGUUUGUAGUGACUUGAAGUUGGAGUGAUAUGAAAGAGAUUAAGAAACUAUCCAUGGUAAUUCGCAAGCCUAAUAGGAAAAA